AUGGUGACAAGCAGUACCUGUCAAUAUCACGUCAUUAACAUAUCUGAAGCUUCUUAUCGAGAUAUCUUGCGUGUAACACGGAAAGAGUUAAUCAAAAAUUUGUUCUAUAUUCAGACAUAUCAUUCUGCAGUCCAUGAGGAACAGGAGGUAGUCGGUAGACCCCUGCAGAAACAGAAGGAACUGACUACGCCCUGUAAGACACCCAAGCUACAGGGGUGCACUGCAACACGUGUUGCUCUUAGAACACAAGGAGUUCCCAAAAACCGUGAGGAACAGGUGGUGGUCGGUAGACCCCUGCAGAAGCAGAAGGAACUGACCACCCCAAGUAAGAUGCCCAAGCUACAGGGAUGCCCUGCAACACGUGUCCCUCUUAGAACACAAGGAGUUCCUAAAAUCCACGAGGAACAGGUGGUGGUCGGUAGACCCCUGCAGAAGCAGCAGGAACUGACUACACACAGUAAGACACCCAAACUACAGGAGUGCUCUGCAACACGUGUCCAUCUUAGAACACAAGUAGUUCCUAAAAUCCAUGAGGAACAGGUGGUGGUCGGUAGACCCCUGCAGAAGCAGAAGGAACUGACUACACCCACUAAGACACCCAAGCUACAGGGGUGUCCUGCAACACGUGUCCCUGAUAGAAGGACAAGAGGGAAAUUCGAGCCUGCAGUUUUUGCAGCACAUAAAACGAAACUUCCGAUCAACAAGGUUGUGGUGGGCAUAGCGCCGAUGAAGAAUACGACUUCAGUUGGACCCAAGGUAGACUCUUGGAGCAAGUGCAUGCACCUCGUGCGAGAUGGGAGCGACUUCAAGAUAACUACCAAGAAUCCCAUGCCUAAUACUUCAGUUGGACCAAAGGUAGACUCUUGGAGCAACUGCAUGCACCUCGUGCGAGAUGGGAGCGACUUUAAGAUAAUUACCGAGAAUCCCAUGCCUAAUACAACUUCAGUUGGACCCAAGGUAGAGUCUUGGGACAAGAAUAGGCACCUCGUGCGAGAUGGCAGCCAAUUGAAGAUAAUUAACGAGAAGCCCAACUAUAAGCACGUGAAGUCCAGGAUUGACCGUACGAAGAAGCCAUUCAGUCACCAUCAUAUUGAAGAGGAGAUUCUGGCAGGGUGAGUUGUGGCAUGGCUCACGAGAGAAACAUACCAGGUGCUGGCUAUCACCGGUACGGCGCGGAAGUAGAGGUCACCAGCUCCUCCUUUGGAACGAGACCCCUACUGAAGCUGAGGCCAGAGCUGUUGAGGCUGCUGUCCCCCUUGAGAGAGCAUCGCAUCCGCGAGCUGCUGGUUAUCUGAGAGGCCGUAAAGCAUUUCCGUUACAUGCUGGAAGCGCGCCGUAAGCAGCAUCACGUACGCCUUCCACUAGAAACGGGACAAAUGACGACCGCGGACCUCCGACACGCAGUGAGCCGCAGGUGCGCUUACAUCGGAAGCGCAGACAGUAACAGCGAGGCUUUAGCAGCAACACCGUCAGCCGACGCAAGAAAACCCUGCCGGUUGGAAGUUUCACGGCCGCCGACGCUACGAGGACCAGCCGACACGUAGACGACCGGCCACGUGCAGAAAAAAGGUCGCCCGGCUUGCAUGGAAGCAUGAUAUAUGAAGGGUGAUUCCCCCAUUAGAAUUUCAUGCACAGGAAUUUAUUGUGUUCUAGAGAACUUUGGCAGAAAUGAGUGAUGUAAGGUUUUUAAGUGGCAUGUUCCAGUUUGAAUUUGAUGUUUUUAUAUAUUGUUCCAUAAUAUGUGUAUACAUGCACUGUAAAUAAUAAUCUUGUAAUUUUAUUUAAACAAUCCAAUUACACUUGCAGCAUCGCUGCA